AAAAUACUACUGGCCGCACAAAUUGCAGCAGAAAAUGAGGCCGAGUUUCGCUACCGUCCGUCAAUUCCUUCUCAGCCUGCCAUCGAGGACCAUGCAGGCAAUAGCAAUCCCUACCUGGAGGGCAUCACUCUCAGUAAGGGCUUGGAGAUGCAGUGGGCUGCGCUGCAUCGUGCGCUGGAGGAGUACGACGAAAUCCACAAGAUGGCGGAAUACAACAUUGAUGCGAGUCUUUGGAAGCGUUUGUAUGCUGUUCGCUUAAAGAAGGUUGAUAAGGAAAUGGAGCUGAAAAUAGCUACCCAUAAGUUCGAAGAAAUCAACGAAUUUUUGAAGCGGCGCCAAGCGGAAGCAGAAUCCGUGGCCCAGCAGUUAAAAGAAACUGAGGAGGAGUUGCACGGACUGAAAGCCCUUGUGUACAGCGUGACGACAAACAUGGAAAUCAACAUAGUUAUGUGCCAGGGUCAAAUAGAGGUGGAAAUCCCCAACGACAAACUGGCGCAUGACUUUAAUGGCUCCCUGCUCAUCAACUGCAGUCAGGUGGAGAAACUCAAUGACCAGGUGAUCGCAUUGGCUGGCGAAAAACUGCAACAUAUGAACACUAUAAAGGAGUUCAAGAAACGCUUCAAGCACCUUGAAUGUGUACGCCUAUGUAGCCUCAGUGUUUGUUGUACUCUCUCAUUGCAGAAUCAUGAACGGCAAAUGGAAUUCCUCAAAAGUAGAAUCAACUUCUAUAAGGAAAAGCAAACUCAGAAAAUGCGAAAAGAAAACAAUCGAUUGACAAAAGAACUCAGUGAUUUGAAUGUUUCCGUGUGGGAGGCCCGACACAUUUACGAGCAAAUACCCUUCACAAUGCCGGAUUUCGUUCGCGCAGAGGCCUGCUACAGCUCCCUUCUUCACCGCACUCAUCUGACCAAACUCAUCAAAGUGCAGGAUCGACAACUGACAGCGUUAAGGGAAGAAUUAGAACGGCUGCAGCUUCGAAAUUUCCCAAAUCUUACCGACGCCUUUUGA